UGCUUUUUCUUGUGUUUCGGCACCACACAUCAUAACAUUUGUUUACCUUUUUUUAUCUCUAAAAUCAUUUACAUAUACAAGAUAUUUCUUUUACUUAUUUUAAUAGUUUAAAUAACCUUUAACUAAAAUUUAAUUAGUUAAAUAACUAUUUCCUCGGUAUAUGUAAGAAAAAAAAAACAACAACAGUUAAACACAAACAUGUCAGAAGUACGUAUACGGCCCAGACAAGUUCUGGUUUUGAUAAUAGUAUUCCUGGUGGUGCUAUUAAUGGUACAUCGCAAUGGCAAACGUACUUGCCAGGGACCCAGUUAUCUGCAGGCCAUGUAUGGUAAAAUGCAAGAUGAAGAACUGCCUACAAUUUACUGUAUAACACCCACUUAUGCCAGACCGCAGCAAAAGGCUGAACUAACCCGAUUAUCACAUAUAUUCAUGCUAGUACCCAAUUUGCACUGGGUUUUGGUAGAAGACUCAGAAACCACCACAGAAUUAGUAAGAAAUCUUUUAGAAAGAGCCGGUUUGACACAAAGAGCCACCCAACUGAAUACUAAAACUCCGGCUGCCUUUAAACUUAAACACAAUGAUCCCAACUGGAUUAAACCUAGAGGCGUAGAGCAAAGAAAUUUAGCUUUAUCUUGGGUACGCACUAAUGCUAAUCCCGACAAACACAGCAUUGUGUUCUUUAUGGAUGAUGAUAAUUCCUAUAGUGUAGAACUGUUUGCCGAAAUGUCUAAACUGGAAAAGGGUAAAGUGGGUGUUUGGCCAGUAGGUUUAGUGGGUGGUCUAAUGGUGGAGAAACCUUUACUUAAUAGCGAAACUAAGGAAGUGAUAGGCUUUAAUGCCGCCUGGCGUCCCGAAAGACCUUUUCCCAUAGAUAUGGCCGGCUUUGCCAUAAGCACUGAUUUAUUCUUUAAAUAUCCUCAGGCCACCUUUAGCUAUGAGGUACAACGUGGCUAUCAGGAAAGUGAGAUAUUAAGACACUUGACCACACGCUCAGAGCUGCAGCCUUUGGCUAAUUACUGCCAAGAGGUUUUAGUAUGGCAUACCAGAACGGAAAAGACUAAAUUGACAAAUGAGGAAGCACUCAAUAAACAGGGUAAACGUUCCGAUGAGGGCAUGGAAGUGUAGAGCGACAAAUAAAAACUUUUUCUUUAAUAAAACUCUACCAUAUUUUUCAUUAUUACUUUAUAAUUUUAUUUAUUUAUUUUAAAUACUUUCAUACUGUUUAGUUUUUAAUGUGAUAAUGUUUAAAAUUUAAGAAAUCUUCCAAGCUUUCUUCUCAUUUUUUAUGACAUUAUAAAUUUCCUUUCUUAAUUUCCUAAAAAAAAUCGUUUUUGUACUUAAAAUGUUCAAUUGUUAAUGCCGGCUUCAAAAAAAAAACUGCUUUGAAGCCGGAACUUAGAUCAAAAUAAAAUUUUAAAUGAAUCCAAAGCUUUUUCAAUAAAUUUUAAUUAAUUCAUAUUUUCAAUAAUUCAUUUCUUGGCACAAUCGAUAUUACUAAACAUGAAUUACAUGCCCCCAACUUUCCAAAUACAUAAAUAUCAACUAAUGCAUGCUUGAAUAUGCUGUAAAAAUGUUUGCCUCAAAAACUUUGUAUAGUCUUCCAUAAAAUAUAAAGACAAUUUU